AUGGGACCACCAGGUUUCCGAAAAGCUAUGCCAAUUGAACCUAAGAAAUCCAACUUAGAACUUUUGAUGAAAAAUUCCAUGAUGACACAAACCCAUCAAAAAAACGAAAUUAGAAAUCAAAACCUCCUCACCAAUGAGGCACUUAGGCAGUUGACCACUAGGAUUGACGAUGUUUACACCCAUAACAAAAAGUUGGAGACUCAAAUCUCCCAAGUGGCUCAACAAAAAGCUUCUACCUCCAUCCCUUUUGGGUCAUUUCCGAGGCAACCCGAGCAAAAUCCCAAGGGACAUUUGAGUGCUUCGAUAACUCAUAGUGGUAAGUGUGUGGGUAAUUCUAGUGAGAGAGAAGAAGAGGUUGAAGAUAGUGUGCCAACACCACCUAAAAAUGAGUUUAUUGAAGAUGUUGAGAAGGAAGCACCCAAUGUUUCUCAUCCUCCAUACAAACCUAUCGUUCCUUUCCCACAAAGGCUUGUGAAAGCCAAAGUGGAAGCCCAAUUCAAAAAGUUCGUGGAACUUCUUAAGAAGAUCCACCUCAAUGUAUCUUUCACUGAGGCACUAACUCAAAUUACAUCUUAUGUUAUGUUUUUAAAAGAGAUUCUUUCCAAUAAAAGGAAGCCAAAAGACCAUGAAACUAUGACUAUGACUCUUGAUAGUAAUGUUGUGAUUCAAAAUAUGGUGAUCCCUAAGCUUAAAUAUAUGGGGAGUUCCUCUAUCCCUUAUCAAAUAGGCACCAUGGACUUUGAGAGAGCACUUUGUGAUUUAGGGGCUAGCGUUAGCUUGAUGCAUUUGUAUGUGUGUAAGAAGUUAGACAUGGGAGAGAUGACACCGACUAUCGUGUCUCUCCAUCUUGUAAAUAGAUCGGUCACAUACCCCAUAUAUGUUUUAGAAGAUGUACCGGUGAGAGCUGGAGAAUAUUAUGUGUUUGUAGACUUUGUCAUAAUGGAAAUCGAUAAGGAUUACCAAAUCCCAAUAAUCUUAGGUAGACCCUUUUUAUCUACGGAGAGGCCCAUCAUUGAUGUUAAGAGAGGGAAGUUGACUUUUGAGGUAGGAGAAGAGAAGAUUAAGUUUAUUCUAGCAAUGUUUUUGAAAAAUACUUCAUUGAAGAUUCUUGUUGUCUAG